ACCGCAGGGCCAAAAUCAUCGAGUUUCUAAGGGAACAGCGAGGCGGACGGUCGUGUGUCUUGCCGUUUGUCCGCUCUAAUAACCCACCUACUUUACACUAAUGUGAUUGUCAAGUUGGGGCCAAGAGAGUUCACAGCCGCUAGUGUCUAGCGAAGGGGUCAUUGCCGUAAGACCGAUACCAAACCGAAUGAGACAAUGGGCAAAUGCAUGAUAAUAGCGACAUUCCUAUGCGCUACAGUUUCUUCCAUUGUUUACUGCCAUGAUAGUGCAUCCAGCCCCGAUCCAGUUGUUAUCCAAUUAAAAGAAUUGAGUCAAGGAAAUGACUUAGCAGAGAAAGAAUUAAAACCGAAACGCAAUAUAAGCAUCGUAGGCAAUGACUUCAACCUCGAUGGAGCUCCUUUCCGUGUAAUGUCUGGCUCGCUUCAUUACUUCCGACUACCGCACCAGUAUUGGAGAGACAGGUUAAGAAAGAUAAAGGCGGCUGGAUUAAACUCCGUUUCUACAUACGUGGAGUGGAGUAGUCAUGAACCGGAGGAGGGAGUGGAAUCAUUCGCGGAUGAUAACGAUCUUGUAAAAUUUAUAAACAUAGCUGAAGAAGAGGGUUUAUACGUACUUCUUCGACCAGGGCCUUAUAUCUGUGCUGAGAGAGAUUUGGGUGGCUUUCCAUAUUGGCUGUUGGGGAAGUAUCCAAAUAUAAAAUUACGCACAACUAAUAAAGAUUUUAUAGACGAAUCAAAGAGAUGGUUUACGAAGCUAUUUGCGUUAAUAAAGCCACUUCUAUUUGGAAACGGAGGCCCCAUUAUAUUAGUUCAGGUAGAAAAUGAAUACGGCAGUUAUGGUGCAGAUAAGAAAUAUAUGGAACAAAUGCGUGAUAUUAUCUCUGGUCACGUUGGUACUGAUGCCCUCCUUUACACAACCGAUGGUUCAUACAGGUCCUACUUUUUCGAUGGUUCUGUACCUGGGGCUCUUACCACAAUCGAUUUUGGGCCAACAUCAAAAAGUGUUAUGAAAACAUUUAGUGAUCUUCGUAACUUUAUGCCGACCGGUCCUCUCAUGAAUUCGGAAUAUUACCCAGGAUGGCUCACACACUGGACGGAGAAGAUUCAACAGGUCCCAACUGACCCUGUGGUCGGUACUCUUCGUGACAUGCUACGAAACAGUAUCAAUUUUAACUUUUAUAUGUUCUUCGGAGGCACUAAUUUUGGAUUUACAUCAGGUGCCAACUAUGGUUCGUUUUAUCAGCCCGAUAUAACAUCAUACGAUUAUGAUGCACCUUUAACUGAAGCGGGCGACCCUACUCAUAAGUAUUAUGCUAUACGAAACACAAUUGCUGAGUUCAAUCCUGAUGUUAACAACAUGACACUUCCCGUAAUGACAAAUAAAGGAGCUUACGGUGAUGUCAAAUUAGAACCACUUGUAAGCCUAUUGUCGGAUAAAGGUCGCAAAUAUUUAGGCAAAAAAUAUGCAGACGUUACAGGAUCAAAACUGCCCACUUUUGAGGAGCUGCGACAAUUUUCAGGAAUGAUAUUAUAUGAAACAAUUAUUAAUGACGAAAAUGGAAUAUUGGAAAUUAAAAAGCCAAGAGAUUGGAUUUUUAUUUACGUUAAUAAUACUCUCCAAGGAGUUAUUAAUAGAAUGCAUAAAAUGUAUACACUGAAUAUUAAGUCAACGCCAGGGUCAGUUCUUUCGUUGCUUGUGGAGAAUCAGGGAAGAAUUAAUUAUGGCAACAGAUUACACGACUUUAAGGGGAUUUUAGGCACAGUCCUUUUGAACAAUAAAACACUAGAUGGUAAUUGGUCGGUAACCGGCUAUCCCUUGGAUAAAAGCGGAUAUCAAGAAAUUGUCCCUCGUGCUAAUGAAGAAAUAUUUGAAAGGAAAAGCAAAUUAGAUGGUCCCACAUUAUUUACCGGUGCAUUUGUAUUACCAGCUGGACAGAAACCCUUGGACUCAUUCAUCGAUACCACUGGUUGGGGAAAGGGAUAUAUCUACGUAAACCAACAUCACCUUGGAAGAUACUGGCCUCAGGUUGGACCUCAAAUCACAUUAUACAUCCCAGGAGUUUGGCUUAAACCAGCGCCCGAACAAAAUAUAAUUGAAAUAACAAUGGAAGACAAAAAUGAUCUUAGUUGUGAAGUGGGGCCACCCUGCUGCCUCGUUCUUUCUGAUGGAUCUAUAUUCCAAGGUCGAAGUUUUGGAGCUCAAGUUCCCGUUGAAGGAGAAGUGGGUGCGCCCAGAAUAUAUAAUCCUAAUGGAGAAAUUACUAUUAUGGCAGUCGACUGUGGAUUAAAAUAUAAUCAAAUUAGAUGCCUGAUAAAAAGAAACGCAAAAGUAGUAUUAGUUCCAUGGAAUUAUGAUCUAGAUGCAAGCAGUUAUGACGGACUAUUCAUUAGUAACGGUCCCGGCGAUCCAGAAGUUUGCAAAGCUACUGUGGAAAAUUUACGGCUCCGAAUCAAAGAUCAAAAAAACAUAAAGCCUAUAUUUGGAAUAUGCUUAGGUCACCAGUUACUUGCGACUGCGGCAGGUUGCAAGACAUACAAGACAAGUUACGGAAAUCGUGGACACAACCUUCCUUGUACGCACAAUGGAACUGGCCGGUGCUUCAUGACGUCACAAAAUCACGGUUUCGCUGUCGACGCUGAGACACUGCCAGACAAUUGGGACAUAUUAUUUACAAAUGAAAACGAUAAGACAAAUGAGGGUAUAUGUCAUAAAUUAUACCCAUUCUUCAGUGUACAAUUUCACCCCGAACACACGGCUGGCCCGACUGACCUAGAAUGUCUUUUCGAUGUUUUUAUUGAUUUAGUUAAAUUGUAUAAAAAUAAAAAGCAGGGUAUUGUUAACGAAAUGAUAACAGAGAAAAUUAAAUUUACUCCUAAACUUCAAGAAAGACCUAAAAAAGUUCUUAUCCUUGGUUCCGGUGGAUUGUCUAUUGGUCAAGCUGGUGAAUUUGAUUAUUCUGGAUCUCAGGGUGUUAAAGCCAUGCAAGAAGAAAAAAUACAAACUGUUUUAAUAAACCCAAACAUCGCCACUGUCCAAACUUCGAAAGGAUUAGCUGACAAGGUUUACUUUUUACCUAUAACACCAGAAUACGUUGAACAAGUUAUAAAAGCAGAACGCCCCACAGGAGUCCUUCUUACUUUUGGCGGCCAAACAGCCUUAAAUUGUGGAGUUGAAUUAGAAAAAAGUAACAUUUUUAACAAAUAUAAUGUAAGCGUUCUUGGAACUCCAAUUCAGUCUAUUGUAGACACUGAAGACAGAAAAAUAUUUGCGGAAAAAGUUAAUGCAAUUGGCGAAAAAGUAGCGCCGAGUGCAGCGGUGUCGUCAGUUGAAGAAGCUCUCACAGCCGCCAUGAAAAUAGGUUAUCCAGUAAUGGCUCGAUCAGCGUUUUCACUAGGAGGUUUAGGAUCAGGAUUUGCAAAUAAUGAAGAAGAAUUAAAAAUUCUUGCCCACCAAGCCCUGUCACAUUCCGAACAAUUAAUAAUAGAUAAGUCUUUAAAGGGUUGGAAGGAGGUUGAAUACGAAGUUGUGAGAGAUGCAUAUGACAAUUGUAUCACAGUAUGUAAUAUGGAAAAUGUAGAUCCCUUAGGUAUUCAUACAGGAGAAUCAAUUGUUGUCGCACCAAGUCAAACAUUAUCUAAUCGUGAAUAUUACAUGUUACGCAAUACAGCCCUAAAAGUAAUUAGACAUUUUGGUAUCGUUGGCGAAUGUAACAUUCAGUAUGCGUUGAAUCCCAAUUCCGAAGAAUUUUAUAUAAUUGAAGUUAACGCAAGAUUGUCUAGGAGUUCUGCGUUAGCUAGCAAAGCUACUGGAUAUCCAUUGGCAUAUGUUGCUGCAAAAUUGGCUUUAGGUAUUCCGCUUCCAGAAAUAAAAAAUUCUGUUACUGGUGUAACGACAGCCUGUUUUGAACCCAGUUUAGAUUACUGUGUUGUUAAAAUUCCGCGAUGGGAUUUGGCCAAAUUUAAUCGAGUUAGUACUAAAAUUGGAAGCUCAAUGAAAAGUGUUGGUGAAGUUAUGGCAAUUGGUAGAAGUUUUGAAGAAGCAUUUCAAAAAGCGUUGCGAAUGGUCGAUGAAAAUGUUAACGGUUUUGAUCCCUAUAUUUUAAAAGUUAAUGACAAUGAUUUAAGAGAACCAACGGAUAAAAGGAUGUUUAUCUUAGCCGCAGCAUUAAAAGCAGGUUACUCAGUAGAAAAGUUGUAUGGACUUACUAAAAUUGACCAUUGGUUCUUAAAUAAGAUGAAGAACAUAAUAGAUUACUAUGAAAUUCUUGAAUCUAUAAAGGGACCUAUAACUUCUAAUUCUUUGAAAAAAGCUAAACAAAUCGGAUUUUCAGAUAAGCAGAUUGCAGCUGCUAUUAAAAUUACAGAACUAGCAGUGCGAAAAUUAAGAGAAGAAUAUAAAAUUACUCCAUUCGUCAAAAAAAUAGAUACAGUUGCCGCCGAAUGGCCAGCCUCCACAAACUACUUAUACCUUACUUAUAAUGGAUGCAUUCAUGAUUUAGAAUUCCCAGGUGAAUUCAUAAUGGUACUGGGCUCUGGAGUAUAUAGAAUUGGGAGCUCAGUUGAAUUUGAUUGGUGUGCUGUAGGUUGUUUAAGAGAAUUAAAAAAUCAAAAUAGGAAAACCAUAAUGAUAAAUUACAAUCCAGAGACAGUUAGUACUGAUUAUGAUAUGAGCGAUAGGUUAUAUUUUGAAGAAAUCUCUUUUGAAGUUGUAAUGGACAUUUAUAACAUUGAACAUCCAGAUGGUGUAAUUUUAUGUAUGGGAGGACAGUUACCUAAUAACAUCGCUAUGGACUUACAUCGACAACAAGCAGUUAUCUUAGGUACCUCACCAGAUAUGGUAGAUAAUGCAGAAAAUAGGUUUAAAUUUUCAAGAAUGUUAGAUCGCAAAGGAAUAUUACAACCACGCUGGAAAGAGCUUACUGAUCUCGAGUCAGCUAUCAAUUUUUGUGAAGAAGUUGGAUAUCCAUGUUUGGUUCGACCAUCAUACGUAUUGAGUGGAGCAGCUAUGAAUGUAGCAUAUUCAAAUCAGGAACUUGAAACAUAUCUAAAAUCAGCAAGUAAAUUAAGCAAAGAACAUCCAGUGGUUAUAUCAAAAUACAUUUUAGAUGCUAAGGAGAUUGACGUCGAUGUUGUAGCUGUAGAUGGUAUACUUCUUUGUAUGGCAGUCUCAGAGCAUGUCGAAAAUGCUGGAGUUCACUCAGGUGACGCUACAUUAGUGACACCACCGCAAGAUAUGAAUAAUGAAACUUUAGAAAAAAUAAAAGAUAUUGCCAGAAUUAUAGCUGAAACUUUAGAUGUUACUGGACCAUUUAAUAUGCAACUUAUUGCCAAAGACAACGAACUGAAGGUUAUAGAGUGUAAUGUAAGAGUGUCGAGAUCGUUUCCAUUUGUUUCUAAGACGCUUGAUCAUGACUUUGUGGCUAUGGCCACAAAAGUAAUACUAGGCAUACCUGUGGAGCCUGUAAAUGUUAUGAGUGGCUGUGGUAAAGUAGGAGUAAAGGUUCCACAAUUCUCGUUUUCACGACUAUCGGGAGCAGAUGUUACAUUAGGAGUAGAAAUGGCAUCAACAGGAGAGGUGGCUUGUUUUGGUGAGAAUAGAUACGAAGCGUAUUUAAAAUCUUUAAUGAGCACAGGAUUUAGGAUACCAAAAAAAGCAAUUCUGCUUUCCAUUGGUACAUUUAAGCACAAAAUGGAACUAUUACCAAGUGUUCGAAUUUUACACAAGAUGGGAUACAAACUAUAUGCCAGUAUGGGCACCGGAGAUUUUUAUACGGAACAUGGAAUAGAUGUCGAAAGUGUACAAUGGACAUUUGAACAUAUAGGCGAUCUAGACGAUGCCAGAUCAGAUGGAGAACUUAUGCAUUUAGCAGACUUUAUGGCCAGACGCGAAUUGGAUCUUGUAAUUAAUUUGCCUAUGAGAGGAGGAGCUCGGCGGGUUUCUUCCUUUUCAACACAUGGAUAUAGAACAAGACGACUGGCUGUAGACUAUGCUGUACCCUUAGUAACAGACGUCAAAUGCGCUAAGCUCUUAGUACAGGCUAUGCUACGAUGUGGUGGGGCGCCACCUAUGAAAACACAUACUGAUUGUAUGACAUCAAGGAACAUUAUAAAAUUACCCGGCUUUAUAGACGUUCACGUUCAUGUAAGAGAACCUGGUGCUACUUAUAAAGAAGACUUUGACUCGUGCACGGCGUCUGCUCUGGCUGGUGGAAUCACUAUGAUCUUUGCUAUGCCUAAUACGAACCCUCCUGUGGUUGACCGUGCGUCCUUCGAACUGGUGUCAGCACUAUCGCGUGUAAGUGCUCGUUGUGAUUAUGCAUUAUUUGUUGGUGCAUCCACAAGUAACUCUGAGAGUGCAGCUGAAUUAGCACCUCAAGCAGCCGCAUUAAAAAUGUAUCUUAAUGAGACGUUUACCACACUUAAACUUGAUGAUAUGACAAUUUGGCAAAAACAUUUGCAAAAUUGGCCUAAAAAGUUGCCAAUUUGUGCACAUGCAGAACGUGAAAAGACGGGUGCAAUUAUUCUCAUGGCAUCCCUGCUAGAUAGACCAAUUCACAUUUGUCACGUGGCUAGAAAAGAAGAAAUUUUAAUAAUCAAGGCCGCCAAAGAACGUGGUCUUAAAGUUACGUGUGAAGUAUGUCCUCAACAUCUGUUCCUUAGUACAAAUGAUAUAGAAAGAAUUGGUAAGGGUCGUGCUGAAGUAAGGCCAGUACUUUGUAGUCCAGAAGAUCAAGAAGAGCUUUGGAAAAAUAUGGAUGUUAUAGAUGUUUUUGCUACAGAUCAUGCGCCCCAUUCGGUGGAAGAGAAAAACUCAGAAAUACCACCACCUGGCUAUCCCGGCUUGGAAACAAUUUUACCUUUAUUGCUAAAUGCUGUUCAUCAAGGACGUCUUACUAUGGAAGAUUUAAUAAAUAAAUUCCACAGAAACCCACGUAAAAUAUUUAAUCUCCCUGAACAACCCAAUACCUACGUAGAGAUUGAUAUGGACUACGAAUGGACUAUACCUGAUGCUAUGGAAUUCACAAAAUCGAAAUGGACACCUUUUGCAGGAAUGCAUGUAUGUGGAGCCAUUCAUCGUGUUACAUUACGAGGAGAAAUUGCAUAUGUAGAAGGUAAAAUUUUAGUUCCACCUGGAUUUGGCCAAAAUGUCCGUGAGUGGCCCACUCCGAAAAAGCAAACUUUCCCUGUCUACGCUGUUGAAAAGGUAGAAAAGGAAACGAGCCGACCAAACUCGGCACUAGAAUUUCACAGUUCUCUCGAUAUAAGUAAAUAUAGUGAUUACGACUUGGAUCAAAUAGAACAAGGUAAAACAGAUAAUAAAUUAAAUGUUCACUUUAAUGAAGCACCAGGAUUUCGAAGUAUGUCUCCACUACCCGCUGCAAUUCCUCCAGCAAGACAAAGAUGCGAUAGUUCUUCUUAUCCACUUCAAGUUGCCGCUCCACAGCGUCAACGUAAUGAUUUAUUCGGUAAAAGUAUACUAACUGUUGAUUCAUUUACCAAAGAAACCAUGAAUGACAUAUUCAAUUUGGCUCAAUUUAUGAAAACAAGUGUGAGUAAAGGUCGUUUCCUGGAUGAUUUGUUACGAGGAAAAGUCAUGGCUUCUAUAUUUUACGAAGUGAGCACAAGAACAAGUUGCAGUUUUGCGGCAGCUAUGCAAAGAUUAGGAGGUUCCGUUAUACAUACAGAUGCAACAAACUCUUCUGCUAAAAAAGGAGAGACUUUAGAAGAUAGUGUGGCUGUUAUGGCGAGUUACUCAGACGUCGUAGUGCUUCGUCACCCAGAACCAGGUGCAGUCGCACGCGCAUCAAGACAUUCCCGAAAGCCUUUAAUAAACGCAGGGGAUGGUGUUGGUGAGCAUCCUACACAAGCGUUAUUAGACAUCUUUACUAUAAGAGAAGAAAUCGGCACAGUAAAUGGAUUAACAAUAACAAUGGUUGGUGAUUUAAAGAAUGGCAGGACAGUCCAUUCUCUCGCGCGUUUAUUGACAUUAUAUCAAGUGCAACUGCAAUACGUGAGCCCGCCUGGCCUGGGUAUGCCCAAACACAUAAUGGAUUAUGUGUCUGAAAAAGGUAUAUCUCAAAGGGUAUUCGAUAAGCUGGAAGAUGUUUUAGGCGAUACACAUGUUUUAUACAUGACUAGAAUCCAACGAGAAAGAUUUGAGAGUCAAGAAGAGUAUGAAAAGAUACGUGGCCUGCUGGUUGUUACUCCACAACUGAUGACGCGUGCUAAGCGUCGUAUGAUCGUGAUGCAUCCUUUACCACGAGUCGAUGAGAUAUCAGCAGAAUUUGAUACAGAUCCAAGAGCUGCCUAUUUCAGACAAGCUGAAUACGGCAUGUAUGUGCGCAUGGCUUUACUAGCUAUGGUAUCCAGUGCAAAUCCACUUAUUUAACUUCUUUUAUCUUGUUAAAAAUAAAUAAAAUUUACAUAUUAAAAA